ACCAUUUCAGCAAAUGGUGAUCUAGUUCGCCGAGAACAAAGAACAGACACCAAAAGCCACCUUCAAGAUGACCAAAACGACGAAACUCUAAAAUGGAAGGCCCCAAUACGCGAUAAGACCGUACACUCUCCUUACCUGGAAAUGCCUGUUCUACGCGUGCCUAUACAUGUCGCCGUGCGUGACGCUCUACGAAAGAUAGGACCACAGAUUGUCAUGAUGGAUGGAAACGUGAGCAUCACUGCUGUUCAGCUUCUUGACAAAAUUCAGACUUACGCGGCAGCAUUUCGCUCAUAUGGAGUGAAGACGGGAGACCGCAUUUGCUGUCAUUUUGCCAACGGCAUUGAGCCCUUUGCAGCACUCUACGGUGUCAUAUUCUCCGGAGCGGUUGCUGUACUUGCGGAGGAUGAGCUCACGAAAAAUGAAGUGCUCUUUUGCGCAAAGGAGGCCAAAGCCGAAUAUGUGCUCACUGACAAAGCAAAAGCUGAGAAGUUCGAGGAAAUCAGGCAAACUCUCAAGAUGUGCUUUGUCGUGGGCGGUGAUGUUCCCGGAUUCCAGUCAAUCUCCGAGUUUGAAGCUACGAAAGAAAAUACCUUGCAAGACGUUCACUACACGGGAACAACCGAAGUUUGGCCUGCUGCCAUUUGUUUUUCUUCGGGCACAACAGGAACACCCAAGCAAAUACUCAUUACGCACUACAUGUUUGUUUCUACUAUUACCACUUUCAGGGGAUGUCAACUGCUACAGUCCGGAGAGCGUUACGUCAACUUAGAUACCAUGGCACAUGUAUUCGGUUUUUUCUUCGCCAUGUACGGUGCUUGUCUUGGAGCGACGAUGGUUGUGACACCGACCACCCCAGAAUCGGGACAUUUCAUCGACAUUGUAAACAAACACAAGGUUCAAGUUAUUUGCUUUUUCCCGACGCUGCUAUCACGGAUAUCCCGAGACCUGGAGGCCACGGGGCGUCAACUGGUGUCUGUAAGAAAGGUGCUGUGCACGGGAGGGCCCAUCCCUAGAAUCGUCGCCGAGCGGAUUAUCCGCCAGCUACAUCCCACGGAGUUCAAGAACUUCCUCGGUUGUACGGAGGGAUUCGCACCAUACUGCGUGCCUCCUCCGGGUGAAAUGAACUACGAAUGCGUGGGAUUUCCAACACCCAACGUCCAGAUAAUGGUCGCUGACCUUAGCACACACGUAGCAGUGGGACCGGGAGAACGAGGUGAGAUUUGGGUGAAAACUCCCAGUGCCACACCUGGUUACCUGAGCCAGGACGGCCAGCUUGAAGGCGUAGUGGAUCAGCAAGGCUGGCUACACACCGGCGACAUUGGAUACUACAACGAAGACGGAAAAUUUUUCGUCAUUGAUCGGCUCAAGAACAUUAUCAAAUGCCACGACUACAACGUGGCUCCAGGAGAUGUGGAAAAUAUCCUUCUCAGACACCCAGCGGUUCUCGAAGCGUGCGUCGUAGGCAUUCCUGACGAAAUAGUAGGCGAAGCACCCACAGCGUUUGUUGUGAGCAAGAAAAGCGCACUUGGUGAUCCACUAGUCACGGAAGAGGAACUGGUGGAUCUUGUGGCCAGCCAGACAACGUAUUACAAACACUUAUACGGUGGAGUCGUGUUUCUGGACGAGCUGCCUAGGACAGGCAAUGGUAAAACAAGCGUGAAGAAGUUGCGGCUCUUGAAACAGUCUACAAAAGAAGCGGUGAAAUCGAGAAAAGAUGGUCAGAAUGUAAUAAAUAUCGAUCAAUAAAUCUAAAAGGGCUGUCAUUUAGAACGCCGAAUCCCUCAUUUGUGCUGACUAACCGAUUAUGCUAAGUGCCUAAUGAUUUGUAUAUUUCCGUGUCAUGUUCAC